AUGGAUUUGCAGGUGUUCUUUGUUCAUCUUCUCCCGCAGCUGUACGACGACUCGAGGGCAUCUAUUCUACUCAAUGGAAGCGGUUAUUCGAGAUGCCCCUUUCGGGCAGCUUACGGCACCAUCCUUGUCGACUGGUACUAUACCGAUGACUCGGAGAACCCCCACAACUGGUCCAAUAGCAAGCGCGCUCUUAUUGCUACCCUUAUCUGCCUAUACACCUUCGUUGUAUAUACCACGUCUGCAAUCUACACAUCCUCCACAGAGGGUAUCAUGAAAGACUUUGGUGUGAGCACCUUGCUCGCCACGUUGGGGCUGUCGCUUUAUGUCUUAGGGUAUGGCAUCGGGCCGUUGAUUUUCUCUCCACUGAGUGAGAUCCCCGUGAUUGGCCGCAGUCCGGUCUACAUCGUCACAAUGUUCCUCUUCGUGAUCAUCUCCAUACCGACGGCAUUUGUGGAUAACUUCGCAGGCUUGGUAGUGCUCCGUUUUCUGCAAGGGUUCUUUGGCUCGCCAUGUCUUGCUUCUGGCGGUGCAUCCAUUGGGGAUAUGUAUAGCUUGAUGUCUCUCCCAUACGCCAUGAUGGCCUGGGUUGCAGCGGCCUAUUGUGGACCCGCUCUCGGGCCCCUUCUCAGCGGCUUCGCAGUCCCCGUCAAAGGGUGGCGCUGGUCCCUCUUCGAAUCAAUCUGGGCCUCUGCUCCAGUCUUUCUCCUGAUGUUCAUGUUCCUACCGGAAACCAGCAGUGCGACAAUCCUGCUACGGCGCGCCGACCGUCUCCGCAAACUCUACAACAACAGCCAGUUCAUGUCCCAGUCCGAGAUCGACCAGCGCAGUAUGCGCGUAUCCGAUGUCGCCAUCGACGCCCUGAUCAAACCCCUGGAAAUCACUAUCAAGGACCCCGCCGUUCUCUUCGUUCAGGUCUACACGGCCAUCAUCUACGGCAUCUACUACUCAUUUUUCGAGGUCUUCCCUCUCGUCUACCCGACUGACUACCAUAUGAACCUCGGCCAGAUCGGUCUGGUCUUUUUGUGCAUCCUGGUGUCUUGUAUUCUCGGCAUUGUGGUAUAUGUCCUUUACAUUUAUUUCUGGAUGAACCCUCGCAUCCGCCGCUUCGGUUUCCCCGCACAGGAAGAGCGUCUGAUUCCUGCUCUGCCUUCUUCUUUUGGUCCUACGAUUGGUCUCUUCCUCUUUGCCUGGACGGCCCGUGCAUCUAUUCAUUGGAUCGUGCCUACCAUUGGUAUCACGAUCUACGGUGCAACGGUUUUCAUCGUGAUGCAGUGCAUCUUUGUUUACAUUCCCCUUAGUUACCCCAAGUAUGCGGCUAGCUUAUUCGCUGCGAACGACUUCUUCCGUAGUGCUCUGGCAUGCGGAAGCGUGUUGUUUGCGCACCCUUUAUUUCAGAACCUGGGUGUUGCUAGGGGUGUCAGUCUCCUUGGUGGGCUGAGUGUCAUUGGUAUUAUUGGUAUUUGGCUGCUUUACUUCUACGGUCGCCGACUCCGUUCUUUGAGCAAGUUUGCCAUCUCAGAGGAGGAGACAAUGUCCAGUGGAGAGUGA